AUGGGUAGAAUGGAUUCAUUGUUGUUGAAAAGCAAAUUUCGAGGCUCCUUGCUCGGCGCGUUGAUGGGUGAUUGCCUCGGCUCCGCUUACGAAGGGGACGAACUAUUUAGCGCUGGUAUGAAGCUUGUCAUUCAAAAGUCUUUCGACAAGCUGCAAGGGCCGCAUUUUAAAGCGCCUGUUAUUCAAUUCACUGACGAUUCUGCAAUGACUCGAGCCGUUGCCGAAUCUCUGAUCGAAUGCACAGGAUUCGACCAGACACACAUGGCCAAGAAGUUUGUCAAGUCAUACUACCUGGAACCCAACCGAGGCUAUGGAGCUGGUGUAACGACGGUAUUUCAUAAACUUCGAAACAACAAGUUCGUUGAUGUACUAGGGCCUGCGAGGGAGCAGUUCAACGGCGAAGGUUCCUUGGGUAAUGGUGGCGCGAUGAGAGUCGCUCCAAUUGCGCUUUUCUACUAUAAGAAUUCUGAGCUCAUGGUUGAUACAGCCAGGAAACAGUCCCAUAUCACUCAUACGCACAAAACUGGAGUCGACGGAGCAAUACUUCAGGCGAUUGCUAUUCAACAAAGCCUCUUAUUAGAUCCUAAAGAAGAAUUGGAUACUUGCAAGUUUACUGACAACUUAAUUAAUGAAAUGGACAAAAUUGAAAUUGAUGAAGAAGGAUUAGGUUUGGUUGACCCAUCUCCUUACAAAACUCAAUUGAAGUUACUGAGGAAUCUAAUCUGCGAAGACGGGGAUGGGCCUCAUGAUGAAAAAGUAGUUCAUCAGUUGGGAAACGAUGUAUCGGCACUUCAUUCUGUGCCUACAGCAAUUUAUUGCUUUCUCAAAGCUCAGAAACCCAUACCAGCCAUACAGACGGAAAAUCCACUGAGAAGAACAGUUCAAUAUGCUAUCAGCCUAGGCGGCGAUACGGAUACGAUCGGCAGCAUGGCUGGCGCUAUUGCGGGCGCCUUUUACGGGGAGGAGAUGAUUCGUCCAGAGAUUUUAAAACACUGUGAGACUUCUGACAAGUUCAGGGAACUUGCUGAUCAACUCUUCCACCUGGCCACAGCUUGAGAAACGAAUAACAAGAUGCUACAGUGCUCAAUCGACUCUGCCGUUUCAUAUUAAUUGAAAUCAAACGAGUUUUUUUUUUACUUCAGACCAACAAAUCAAUGGCGCGACCGUUGAUUAUUUUUUUGACGUCAUUUUGAUACGAUUGUAAAAAUAUCGUUCUUAUGCACUAGUUUCUUUGUUAGAUACCGUAUUUUACGACUUGUAUAGCGCGCAUUUAAUUCAUUCUCCGCGAGUAACGGAUCACUUCGCAAUCAGUUAUGUCUUUUUUACGGACCGAUGAUUAUACUCGUUUUGCUACAACUGACGAGUAAGGUGGUAUUCCACAGAUUAUUCAAUAGACUUUCAUAAUUUGAAAAAUCAUAUGAUAUCA